UACUAUUAAUGAUAUAAUCUGAGACUCAACGACACGAUUAACGAGUUAUAUAUAAAUAGAAUCGGAAUCUGAGAUUGCCUAGUGCCGGUGCUCCCAUCUCGAGAGUGAAAGAAAAAAAGAAACCAUCUCAGCGACCUCUGUAGCUGCGGGUUCUCCGGCAUCAUUGAUGAAGAGUGAAGAGAAGAAUUCUUACUUUGGAUAUCGGACUAAAACACUUUCUACUCUCUUUCAAAGUUAUCACGGCUGUUGCUGCUCUUCACAAAUCAAAAUUCUAUUAUCUGUCUCAUUUUAUUGAGACCAUGCCUCGCAAAAUAAAUUAUGGGGUCGAUUAUGAUGAAGAUUAUGAUGAUUAUGAAGAAUAUGACUACGAAUAUGAUGACGAGGACACUGGGAAAGCACCUCAGCCUCAGCAAGAAGUUAGUAGGCCUGGGAUAUGGCGUUGCGCCAUUUGCACUUACGAUAACGAGGAGGAUAUGUCUGCAUGUGACAUUUGUGGGGUAAUUCGUAAUCCCACUGCAGGCAACCACAACAAAGCUGAUAAGAGAACAGCGGACAGCGUGUGCAAGGAUUCUGGAGUAUCCAUGAUGGCGAAGUCUCUUUUUGGGUUAUUGCCACAUCAGACACCCCACAAGCCUGUGGUAGCUCAACUACAGGAAGAUGAAUUUGUUGCUAACCGGGAAAAGGGGGCCAGUAACUUUCUUAAGUCUCCUUUCAAGUUUGAUAUUCCAUCUCCAGAUGAUUUGGUUUCUAAUGGAUUGCAUUCCUCCAAAAAGGGUUCAAGAGCCAAUGCUGUCAAUCACAAAUCUCCAAGAGCUUCUUCAGGCAUAUCUGACAAGAAUGGUGCAACUAAUGCACAAUCUACUAUAAAAAGGUCAGAUAGUUCUUCUCUGUUGAUUCAAAAAGGCGAACAAGGUAGUGUGGAUGAGGGCCGUUAUGCACCGACCAGAGUGGCUUAUACAGAGUCAUGGUCUGAAAGUUCAGACAACUCUUCUGCUUUGGUGCCCAAGUCUGGAUCUAAUAGAAUGGAUGAGAGCAUUUGUUCAAAGAGUGGUACACUCUACAUCCAAUCAAGUGAUGAAACAUUGGAGAGCUCAUCUUCAUUGAUGCCUGAAAGCAAAAAUAUAAGUAUGGAUGAUGGCAGUUCUUCAAUAAUUGAGGGUGAGCCUCACAGGCUUACUAGUAAUUUGAACAAUAUGUCUCUGUCUGAUAAAUCUGGAAACUUAGCAAGUGUUAAUGAUAGAAAAUCCAAGCCAAUUGCACAAUAUGAACCUGAUAAAUGGAUGGUCCCUGACAAAGCAGAUAACUCCUUAACUCAACUGAAUCUUGCUAUUGUUGGUCAUGUUGAUUCUGGAAAAUCAACUCUUUCUGGAAGAUUGCUACAUCUUUUAGGACGAAUAACCCAAAAAGAAAUGCACAAAUUUGAAAGAGAUGCCAAGUUGCAUGGCAAGGGGUCCUUUGCUUAUGCUUGGCCGCUGGAUGAGAGUUCUGAAGAAAGAGAAAGGGGGAUAACUAUGACAGUGGCUGUUGCUUAUUUUGAUACCAAAAGAUAUCAUGUUGUUCUGCUUGAUUCCCCAGGCCACAAAGAUUUUGUUCCAAACAUGAUUUCUGGAGCAACACAAGCUGAUGCUGCAAUUCUUGUCAUAGAUUCCUGUUUUGGUGCAUUUGAAGCUGGCAUGGACAGUAAGAAGGGCCAAACAAGAGAGCAUGCACAACUUAUUAGAAGCUUUGGUGUUGAUCAAAUUAUUGUUGGAAUUAACAAAAUGGAUGCUGUGGACUACUCCAAAGAUAGGUUUGAUUUUAUCAAAACACAACUUCGAACAUUUCUCCGUUCAUGUGGGUUUAAGGAUUCCUUGAUUUCAUGGAUACCAUUCAGUGCCAUGGAAAAUCAAAAUUUGGUGUCAGCUCCUUCUGAUGUCAAUUUGUCAUCCUGGUAUUGUGGACCUUGUCUGUUGGAUGCAAUUGAUUCUUUUCAACCUCCCUCAAGAGAUUUCUCAAAACCUCUGCUCAUGCCUGUAUGUGAUGUUAUUAAAGUAACUUCAUCAGGACAGGUGUCAGUCUGUGGUAAAUUAGAGGCUGGAGCUCUUCGUAGUGGAUCAAAAGUUUUGGUUAUGCCCUCUGGAGAGGUAGGGACAGUGCGGACACUAGAACGUGACUCUUGUGCUUGUUCUCUUGCAAGAGCUGGAGAUAAUGUAGUUGUCACUCUAAUGGGCAUUGAUGGGAGUAAGGUGAUGGCUGGAGGUGUUCUUUGUCAUCCCGAUUUCCCAGUUGCUGUUGCAAAACAUCUGGAAUUGAAGGUGUUGGUUUUAGAUUUUGCAACCCCAAUUCUGAAUGGCUCUCAAUUGGAAUUUCACAUACAGCAUACGAAAGAGGCUGCAAGAGUCGUAAGGAUUGUAUCAUUACUUGAUCCAAAGACUGGCAAGGUGGCAAAACAGACACCUCGUCACGUUAGUUCAAAGCAGCAUGCUGUUGUUGAGGUCAUGUUACAAGGACCAGUUUGUGUGCAAGAGUUCUCAAGUUGCAAAGCUCUUGGAAGGGUGUCUUUGAGAGUAUUAGGGAGAACCAUUGCUUUAGGUGUUGUAACCAGGAUAAUUGAGGAGCAGGAUUAGUUGAGGUAAGAUAUUAGUAAAUGUUUGCUAAAAGUGGCUGAGAGUAUCAAAAAUCUAGUCUCUCGCUUAAAGCUGGUCAUAUGGGAGUAGUAAGUUCAUGUAACAUUGAUGGGGCACAUCGGUUUUUUUGGAUGUAAGGAUGACUUUUAUUCAACUGUGUCAAAUAACUGUAAAAUGAAUUUGAAAGUAAUGUUCUGUAAUUUAUUGAUUCUUUUUGUGCAUAUACUCAUCGGCAAAGGUUGAAAGACAAUAUUUUCUUUUCGUCA